GCAGCAGCACCGGUCAGCACAACAGUGCUAUAGUAUGAAACACGAGAUUCGACCGAUACGACACAGUCCACAGUCGUGGUCGUGCGAAUCAGUUAUCAGUUGGCAAGCAUCAGUGUUCCUUGACCUCCUGAAGGAAGAGUCAUGGUUCUCAAAAUAGCGGCAUUGUCGAACUUUAAUUCUUUAAAGCAUUGCUCGCUACGGAAAGCCAAAUUACCUUGUUGAAAUUUUGGGACAUAUCAUUCCCUCCGUCCCUAUAUUUUCGAAAUGAGUCGGCCACUGUUUAUUAUUUGAUUGGAGCGUGUGGAGUGUGGUGUUCGUUCAAAGUACCUGUCAGUGCGGUGUGUACGUGUCCCAGAUCGUAGCACUAUUAUAUUGUUCUGGACGAUCUUUAGUAAAAUGGAUAUCGGUGUUAUAAAGAUUGCAGAGGAUAAUGAUUUUGAAAAAUUGAAGCGCCUUUAUGACGACAACAACGAUUGGAGACUGGAUUAUAACAAACCAGAUUUGUCCGUCUGGACAAAGUCAGUGCCGGGAAUAAGCUUUCGUAUGAUCAAGAUAAGAACAAGGUUCUCUGAUGUCAUGCCAGAAACAUUGUACGAUGUUUUACAUGACCCGGAAUAUAGAAAAGUAUGGGACACUCACAUGAUCGAAUCCAAAGAUAUAGGUUUUUUCAAUCCUAAUAAUGAUAUUGGCUAUUAUUCAAUGGCUUGUCCAUCUCCAUUGAAAAAUCGUGAUUUUGUGCUUCAACGCUCUUGGCUGGACACCGGCUUGGAACAGUUGAUUCUUAAUCAUUCCGUUUUUCACAAAGAUUAUCCUCCACGGAAACAUUAUGUGAGGGCAACGUCUUAUCUCACAGGGUACAUUGUCCGACCUUCUCGAAACGGAGAUGGCUCGGAGCUGGGUUACGUUUCGCAUACAGAUCCACACGGUAAACUGCCUGUUUGGCUGGUGAACAAAGUGACCCAAAUCUUAGCUCCGAAGAUGGUAAAAAGAUUACACAAGGCAUCGAUCGGUUAUCCUGAUUGGAAAGAGCAGAACAAUCCAAAUCAUCGACCUUGGCACUCGCCCGAGCAGAUAACAGCUCCUCGGAUAAGAGUUGAGGACUGCAUUCAGUCAGUGGCUGAGCGAAACAUGAAGAACAUGUACGUGGACGAGUCUGAUUUCAGAGAAUCUUCGCACAAGGAUAUUAUGAGUAUGGACAGUGAUUAAUCGUUGGCUCUUUCACGUUUCUUGUAGAAAACAUUUGGUAGAAUUUGUUUUUUCCACUCGGAUAUAAACUUUGGUAAGACCCAGGGGUUUUACGAAAGAAAACAUCGCUUGGUUAAUCUUUGAGAAUAGCGCGAGUGGGGUUCGUUCUAGUCUGGUAAACCGAGUGAGUGAGAAAGAUGACAAAGGCAUUUUUAUGGGCAUCAAAAGUUCGAUUCAAAUAGUACACACGUAUAUAGACAUGAAAACCAACCCUUCGUAUGUAGUAUUACACAAAGAACCGGCUUUCAUGUAAGAUUAGGUAGUGAGGUGAGGUUCGUAUCUCUUUUUUCGAUGACACAAUCAUUUAUAAAGUUUCUCUAAAGAGAUCAUUGACAGUUUUGAAUUAUUCUAAGUUCGUUGUUUGCGAAUAAGAUCAAAUGUUGUUUCAACCGUUGGAAACAAAGUAUACUUUUUCGACUUUCUACAGCUCGAAGGAAGUAAUAAAAAAAUAUAUCAUUCUAUGCUAUGGCAAAAGAAUCUGAACCGAGCAAUUACACUUUGAUUUUCUCGAUAUUCGUCAAUGAUUUCGUUGGAGAUAAGUUGUUUGUUAUCAGGAGAAAGAAGCAAGUGGUCUGCGUGCGUUACGGAAUAUAAAAAAUACUUUUAUGAUAAUUACGUUCAUAUUACAACAUCGUUAUACGCUCGUGCACUCUUUUGCCGAUUUAUCAUCGGAUCAGUUGAAUUAUCACGUUUGAUAAUUUGGAUAAAAAGGAAAAAAACAAAACGAGUUGACAGAAAUAAUAGAUUCGUUAUUGAUAUACGACAUUUUAUCGUCUUCCUACUGGUAUAAUUAAUUGAUAUACUGCUUAAUGCCAUUAAAACAUUUUCAUUAAUGGUCGUAAAUGGUGCUCCGCCGCAUAAAUGAAGCCAAUUUUACACUGGAAGAAAAAAAUGUUAUAACUUUCAACAUAAAUCAUAGGCUAUUGUAAGAGUCCGUGUCACCCUGUGAAAAUAUUUUAAUUAAUCUUCUCAUAGUUACAAUACUUUUUGUAUUAUUUAUUCUUCAAUUUUUUGCACCAAUUGUAUGAGUGCUGAAUUUUCACAACACUUUUAUUUGAGGUUUCGUGAUGGACUAUUGGAAAGUAUCGAAAGAUUAUUUUUCUUAUGCCGUGUCUUCAAUUUGAAGAAACAUCAAUGAAGACAGAUUUGAAAAAGCAUCAGCUGCUGACGAUCGAUUUUCACAAUGUCAAAUUCCGGUGGAGAUUUUUAGAAGAAAAAUUCUUAUUUUUCGACUGAUUUUUUCUUCGCAUUCGAUUUUUUAAUAAUUUUUAUUGAUUCAUUUUUGAGAGUCAAGUUUGCCAAAAAAUAUUCCGCUAACAAAUAAAUUCAUUUUAAAUUAGUCGAGUUAAAAAAAAAAAAUCGCUCGAAAAAUAUGAAUUGCUCUUCUAAGAAGAUACACGAGAAUUCUGGAAUUUCGUAUUUAUUCAUUGAUGCUCUUACAAAAUUGUAACGCUUUUAACAUUUUUCUCGAUUGACCGCACGCUGCUAUUCGAAUUAACCAUCAAUUCAUCUGACAAGUCCAUUGAAAUUUGCACAAAUUUGUUGUUAUAAUUCAGCACCAACUUGAGUGACGUAGAACUCUAUUUAACUUCGAAACGAUCACAUUUUGUCUAGAAUUUUUAGGAGAAAAACAUUCCACUAUUCUUGCAAUAUCUUCCCACUAUUUCAUCCAGAAAUUUCGUUUUAGAUGAACAAUGAAGCGUUAGUAUAAACAAAUUUUAUUAAGUGUGGAUUCCAGUACUCUCUUUGGACAGUUUCGUGAUGCAAGUUUGAAAAUUUGGGCUGUGCAUACAAUUUAAAAAAAUGAAGAAAUUGUGACUGAACGAGGUUCAAUGAAAAGGUCCUUAUUACCAAGGUCCUGGUUACCAUCUUAUGAAAGUAAAAUCUGAGCUCUGUCCUCCUUUGUAUAACGGAGUGAUUUAUUCAUCUGUCCAUUUGGUAGUGUUUGUACGAAAUUAUCAAUUCUGAUCCAUAAGACUUAUAACUAACUUUCAUAGCUUCGCUCGUGUGCAUUUUAAGAUGAAUCAUUCGUGAGGUCAUGGCUCGUCAAAGUGCUUUCAACAGUUUUUCUCAUGAAAUUCAUGAUCUAACGAAGAAUCACGUGCAUCGGAAAUUCUAAUACACAUUUUAAAAUGUAAAAUGAAGAAAGUAUCAUUACUAAGCCAAGGGUAAAUGGCAUUUAUCACGUGGAUUGUCAUCUAAAACCAAAUAAAAAAAAGGUUUUUAUCAAUUUUCAAAGAAUUUUUUAACACAUCCUUUGAUUUUUUUUUUUUUCAACUAAAAAAGUGGUGUGUGCACUAUCGAACGUAUUUUAUACACUCUGUCAAUUGAUAGAUUUGAUUGAAUGAUUGAAAAAACUGUUGAAAGAUCGCGUUUGAGUUAGAACGCCUCAAAAACUUUGUUUAAGAAUCGCUUUAUCUUUUGUUUUCCGAGGAGUUGAAAUAUUUCAAGUGAACAUCGAUGCCCGAGUUGGACUCUGACAUCUAUUUGGCUCUUAUGAUCCACGAAAAUUUUUAAGGCAUCGAUUUUCGGUGGAUAUUUGCUGGGCAAACGUUUGAAACCCGUAGAACGUAUUUUGAAAAUUGAUUUUAUUGGACAUGACUCCUGAAGAUUUUACUUCGAUAUUUCAGCGACCUCUUUGCUCUGAAACCGACAGACUUGAUAUGUGAAUUUGAAAUGCACUGAUUUAUCAUUUUCAUCGAUACUUAAGGUUGCGAUUUGCAACUCACUCCUUAAACUGUCAAUCUCAAUAUCUUUUUACUGACGAGACAUUGUCUGAUGGAUAAAAGUCUCAAUUUUCCUCUUCUACUCCGGAAUGUGGAGUCAUUUUAUUCAAUGAAAUAUUUAUUACAGAGAGCCAAGGACUUUGAUCAAAUUCCCAAAUAAAGUUUGUCGGGACUCGAAACUUCAUCUCGAACACACUAUCUACGUUGCCUAUUCGCGUUUUGUACUUUGCACUGCAAACGCUGUAAGGUUAGCUGUUAAAACAAGAAUAUUGAAAAACCAAAAAAAAAAAACAAAUACAAAAAAAGCAGCAAAUCGUCUCGUGGCUCGCCUUAAUUGCUGUUCGUUCUUGUUAUUAUGUAUACACACAAGUACGUUUAAUAACUGUACCGCGCUGUACAGUGCACAUAAGCCUAAACGAUCUGGUAUUUAUUCAUUAUAACAAUUAUAUCGAAAUCUAAGUAAAUUAUAAAAAAAUGUCGUAAUUUUAUAUACAUUGCUACAUUCAUUCGUGUGAUUUUGACCUCUCUUUUUUUUCAAGUACACGCGACAUGCUUAAUUCCAAAAUUCAAUGCUGACUCGAUAAUGGCAACUCUCUUAAGAUUCGUGCCAAGAAUCACGAUAAGUUUACUCUUUUACAGUCAUUCGAUUUAUACGAUCAGAAUUUUUUUUUUUUCAUUAUAAAAAUGAUAAAAAAAUCAAUGAUAUUGUAAAAUUUUUCUGAAUACUUAAGAUUUUUCAUGAAAUUUAGUUUUGUAGGUUUUGACGUUUUAGAAAUUUUCAAACUUUCAAAAUAAAGACGUUUGAAAAACUGGAAAUCUCGACAAUUUAUUAGUCGAGGGAAUUCGUUCACUUGUUUUUAUCUCUCAAUCUUGAUCUUCUUUACUUCUCAAUAGAGAUUUUUUGCAAAAUGAAGUCUGUCCAACCCGGUGAGAAACGACUCGAUGACGAAUCACUGUAAUGUAUAUAAAACUGCGACAUUUCGGCCAUCCGAAUUUGCAGGGCUUUCCAGAAAAACGUGAAAAUAAGUGAGACGUGCUUUUUCCUUACAAAAAUCGUACAAAGUUUCACGAGCUGAUUGAUUUCAUUUUUCAGUCAAACUGCAGUCAGAGUGCUCAUCGCAUCGCUUGUUAUUCUUAUGAAAAUCGAUCAAUCGAAAAAGUUUUAAAACCAUUAAAGGAAUUUCUCAAAUCGACUUGAAAUUAACGAAAAUCCUGAAUUUCUUCAAACAUUGAAUAAAAAAUUUUUCAAAAAUUUGGAUUUUCUCUUCACCAACAAAAUUUCAAUGAUUUUGGGACCAUUGAAAAUGGCGAUUUGAUUUUUUCUCCAUAUUUUGGAACACAGUUUGAAGCCUUUCUGCUUUCCAGUUGCAGAAUUUUAUACGAUUUUUGUAACCGAGCAAGUAACAGAGCCUCAUGUAUCGACGAUGACUUUGGAGCCUGAUAAAAUGAGGAUGUUACAGUGUUGUGAAAUGCCUCAUUAAUGUACGUACGCCGUUUCAAUCUCUAGUCCACGUAAGAGAGACUAUGACUCUAAUUUACGAAAACAUACAUAAAAAUACAUAAAUGCCUAUUGUUUUUGAGGAUAAGACUUCCGAUCGGAGCACGACAUCAAACAUUCUUGCAAAUGUCUUUUAAACGUGAUUCCCUAAUUUUUCAUGGGAUAACAAGGGCCAUUAAAUUCGGCGUUUAUUUUAUAUUGAAUAAUGGCACAUUGUAUAUAUUACGAAUAGUAUUAUUUACGAAAUAUAUUGCAUUGUUAAAAAGUUCAA